GUAACGGUAACAUCUCGGUGGAAAAACCAGGGCAGCCGGCACCGGGGGGGGACCAACACACGGGUCUCGUUCCUCAUCGACUAGUCAAAAAGUUGAAUAACAAUAGUGAUCACAACUUGGUUCACCUCGCGUUAUUGAUAAUGGAAUUGUUCACGUGACCCUGGCGCUCGGAGCCAGUUUGUCAUCAAAGUGCCAGACGAGAAUUGAUAGGAAAGGUUAGAGUGUCAGUGUGUGAUUGGAUAAACUUGAGUGACAACAAGAGUUCAAAGCAUGUCAUCGAUAUGCACAAGUUGACCAACAUGUCAUCGUAUGACAGGUCACUGUUGAAGAUUAGUGUUAUGUGAGAGUGAUGACUCGAGACAACACAUCUUGGAGUCACCCCAGAUCCUUGCCAGGAUCAUUUGAACGUUAGCGGGAGAAUAAAAAUAAGGGGUUUCGCCCCACUAGCUGCACCCCAGCACAUACAACCACUCAAUGGUUGACUGUGUUUUCUUUAAUCCUACAACGUUGACCUCCUCGAGCACGUUUCCCUGAGAGCCAGGGAAUUUCAUCGUACGUGCCUAACACGGAUUUGGCCGAGAGUUAAAGUUCAUCAUCUCCGUCGUUGUGGUUCUAAUUUUUCAUGAUUAUCAGUGAUUUUGUAAGUGAAUGAGUGACGAUAGUGCUGUUAUCAAGUGUGUGCUUGAGAGGAUUAAUCUAACCACUUGGUCAUCACCUUAUUUGUCUCGUUGGAUUAGGAAAUGUGAUGAUUGCUGUCUGCUACGAAAUAGUUGUCAUCACGGAAGAAUUAUCCAGCGAUUGUCGGUGGGACUAAUUAAAUAGUGUGGCCUUGAUUGAGUCCCUCCCGAGGGCUCAGAGUUUGGAGAGUAAAGAGCAGUGGAUAAAAUUGUUGGGAGAAAAAUUUGUGAGGUCGAAUGUUCGAUUACUGUCAGCGACAGGCAGAAGCUCACAGGCGGAGAUGAAGAGGCUGAGCAAACACCAAAGGGGAGGGUUUAUUCUCGUAUUUCUUGGUGCUGGUGUCUACGUAUAUCGUAACAUCAAGGAUGCCAUUCGAGACGAAAUCGUCGCGGUGUAAAGGGCCCGGAUGAAGCGCUGAAGAAGAAGGAAAGAUAGAGGUAAAAAGGCAGGGGCUCAGUGAGGGAUUUGAGCAUUUGGAUGAGGACGACGUUUUGCAAAGAUGAGCCAAGGUUGGAAAUCAACGGUUGGAAUGAGAGAGACAGAGGGUGGGAGUAAGAGAGCCUUGUAAAAUGUAGAUAUAAGACGAGAGUGAGGUGGAUACUGCAUGAGGAAGCAGACGGUAAUGAUGACGGUUCUCGAGAAAAGAUAGAAAAGACGACUAUAAGCUCCAGGAAAAUAUUGAUUCUCACUAUUUGAAGUGGUAUGAGCAGUGGAAAGCGGAAAAAUAGCGAGUGGAGACAGAGAGAGGUGGAAAAACAGAAAAAUUGUGGAACAGGAUAGAGGAGGAAUGGAUACAUGAGAGAGAAUACUUGAAACGAAGGCUAAAGAAGCAAUCAGCCAAGCAGAUUGCCAACCAAUUUCGCAUUUAUAUAUCACUCGGGCAGGAAUUCACCGUCAUUUUUAUUACCUCUUGAGAAACUCUCGGGCAUUUCUACUCAUCAAGUAAUACUCCUCUGACAAUGCCAGAAAAUAAGAUAUUCAGUGAAAUUGCUGGCACAUGAUCAUCAACGAAGCAGACGGAUUCAGGAUAUGUCUCGUCAUGCGGAAUCUGUUCAUGAAAAGAACGUAACCCCGUAGAAGGAAUAUAUUUUUCAUUCCUCCUGUGCUGCAGAAAAGACACCAUCCUUCGAGUCAAGAAUAUCUCAACUCCUCGGUUCUAUCAAAUUUUUUUUUUGUUCUCGUAAAGAUCGACGUGAACACUCACUGGAGAUUUAAAUCAACUCGACAAAAUUUGCAUCAGCCCCACCUACCACGGAAUCCUGGGAAAACUGGGAUCACUGCUGAGAGUUGAUAGCAGUGGAAGACAGUUGGGUUCGAAAAUCGUCUCAGGAUAGUAUCGAAGACGUAAUCACUGGCUCAAGUCUUUUGGAAAUCGUGCUGGUUUACCAUCUAGCAAUUUGAUAUCGUUCUCCUUCGAAUCGUCUCACCAGACCUACGAUUUCCACCCACUGGUGCCCUAAAAUUCACCCGACAUCCGAGUGAGGAAGAGAAAUUCGCAAGCGUUGUCGACAUAGCUUCACUACGCCCAACGGCGUAACCAAACUUUCAGCUAUUUGCCUUUCAAAACGCUGACUUGAUAAUGGCCCGUGUGCGCUAAACUUUUGGCCACAAUCUGCCAGCAUAUUUCAACGUGGGAAAUAGUCCAGACUUCCUAGUUAUAUACAUAGCAGCCAUACGACAAAUCAAAGUAUGAUAAAAUGGUGUUUUACAUUCAUGAGUUGAUGAUGGUAAGAUGAAAGAAUCAUUGAAGAUAUUUAUUCCUAAGCCGUGACAAUGACAAGCGAGGGCUCAUCGGUGAUGGUUUGCAGAUGGAUGUAUGUUCAAAAAAAAAGUGUAGACAUGGUGUCACUGUGGAUGCUGAUGGCUCUGGCGCUGUUGGCUGUGACACAGGCGGAAUUGAGUUCGCGUGUUAUUAGGACAAAGUAUGGUGAAAUAUCGGGUGUGAUUGUGACGCUUGAGCGUAAUUUGGAGGGUGUUGAGGUGUUUCGUGGGGUGCCUUAUGCAUCACCACCGGUUGGUAGUCUACGAUUUAUGCCACCUGUCAAUGGUGCACUGUGGCAGGGUGUCAAGGUGGCGGACAAAUUUGGUCCAGUUUGCCCGCAGAAGUUGCCGGAAUUAACAAACAAUAUGCCCAAGGGGAGAGUUGAGUACCUUAAGAGACUACUGCCCUACUUGAGAAAUCAGAGCGAGGAUUGCCUCUAUCUUAAUAUCUAUGCACCAGUACAAGCUGGAGCUAGAGACGGCGCCAGCAGGAGGUAUCCCGUGAUGGUAUUCGUUCAUGGCGAGAGCUACGAGUGGAACAGCGGUAACCCAUAUGAUGGCUCUGUUCUUGCCAGUUAUGGGGGUGUCGUUGUGGUAACGAUAAACUACAGGCUUGGGAUCCUAGGUUUCCUGAAUGCCAAUACAGAUUCUCACUUACGUUCGCCAGCGAACUACGGUCUUAUGGAUCAGAUCGCCGCGUUGCACUGGGUCCAAGAGAACAUCGCCUACUUCGGAGGUGAUCCCGGAAACGUCACGCUCAUUGGCCAUGGGACUGGAGCUGCCUGUGUCAACUUCCUCAUGACGAGUCAAGCAGUACCUGAUGGUCUAUUAUUUCAUCGGGGAAUUCUCAUGUCUGGAAGUGCACUCUCUCCGUGGGCACUCGUCAGAGGAGCUGCUGAUUAUGCUAUGCAGGUUGCUAAGCAUCUCAACUGCUCGUCGGUUGUCCACGAUCCCCAGGCACUGCUACGAUGCCUGAGAGAUGUAUCGUUGGACAGUAUAAUGUCAGUGCCAGUCAAGGGCCUGGCAUUUGCACCGGCAUUUGGACCCAGUAUUGAUGGUGUUGUCAUUGACCCUGGCGAUCCAGAGGAUCAGGACUACACACUGCAAGUCGAUACUAUUAAUACACUCAACAAUAUAUUGCUCAGGAAGGAUGUCAUAGCUAAAUUAUCGAGGUACGACCUGAUGGUCGGUGUAGUGCGAUCAGAAGCCUACUUCUCCCUAACAUCUGACGACGCCCAAUAUGGAAUGGAAGCGGACAGAAGAACAAAAAUUCUUCGUGAAUUCGUCCGCAAUACGUACACUUAUCAUCAGGCGGAAAUUCUCGCCACGAUAAUAAACGAAUACACCGACUGGGAGAGGCCGGUGCAGCAUCCAGUGAACAUAAGGGACGAGACCCUGGAGGCACUUGGGGAUGCCAAUACCGUUGCACCAGCUACGAGGACUACUGAUCUGCACAGCCAAUCACAUCGGAAUUCCUAUCUCUACGUUUUCGAUUAUCAGACGAAAUUCGGGGAUUACCCGCAGAGACAAGGAUGUAUACAUGGUGAAGAACUUCCCUAUUUAUUCGGUGCACCACUGAUAGGUGGCCACUCCCACUGGCCAAAGAACUACACAAGAGCAGAAAUAACACUCUCAGAAAGUGUUAUCCUGUACUUCACAAACUUUGCUCGCACAGGAAAUCCCAACGAGGGUACACCGGAUCCAGGGCCCUCAGGAUCACGUCCAGAGCGUACGAAACUUAAGAAUACUCUCUGGACAGCUUACGAGGCAGUCCACAAGAAUUAUCUCAGUCUCGACACAAAAUCAAAGCUGAAGAAUCACUACCGAGCCCAUCGGCUCUCUUUCUGGCUGAACUUAGUGCCGGACCUUCACAAGCCCGGCUCCGACGACGUGCCUCGUUCCCAUCACCUCUUAGACGCCGAACAGGUGCCUCCGCGCUUCAUCCAACGUCUCCCAACAACAGCCAAACCGACGACCCUCGAGCUGACAACCGAGCGCAUUCACAACACAACAACAGCAUCCCCAAGCGAACUUGCCUUCGAAGAGACAACGAGUCAGCCCGAGGAUGGUUUUGCAGCCUACUCAACAGCCCUAAGCGUGACAAUAGCCAUCGGCUGUAGUCUUUUAAUUCUAAACGUCUUGAUAUUCGCCGGUGUCUACUACCAGCGAGACAAGAAUCAGCAUCACUGCCCGAAGAAGCGCCAGGAGAAUGGCCAAAUGCCAAACAACAUAUGCGGCGAACUAGAGACCAAAACCGCUGAACGCCAUCACAUACAGCACAUGCCACCGCCCGAUUUCUCUGAUCUCCAGAAUACCACGUGUCUUGUGCCAAUGCCACCACCACCGCCGAAAAAUACAAAACCAUCGAAACCGGCUCAAGGACAAAAUUUGAUAAUGAGCCCGAAUCAGCUGCAGCAGGAGAGCAUGCAGAUGACGACAGUGGGUACCCUCAAGAAAGGCCACAAUCACCAACAAAUCAUGGAAGAGCUGAGAGUCUGACUCUAGGAAAACGGCUCCUAGGGCUGUGCUCGGAUUCAAGUAUCGUCUAUGAUUAUGGAAGAGACCAGUGAUUUAACAGCUAGUGGACAUGUUUUUCUACUGCCAUAAAGCAAAUCAAUUUAUCCCACACGGCCUUCAAAAUUCAUUCGCAACUGCUAGUAAGGUAGAUGGGAGAGAGAUGAAGUGGUCUGAGGGACGUGAAAAAAAUUUUUGAGACGUGAAGACACAGACAUUUCGUCAGGGGCCUGGAACUACUUGAUUUAGCUUUUCUUUUUGCAUUAAAAAAAAUACCUAUCUAAUAUUUUCCAUCAAAUUUGCGCCAAUAUUUUAUCAAAAAAAAUCGUGCGAUCAUGUUCUUCAACAAUUACUAUUUUCUAAUCAUGAAACUACUUCAUUGACUCAGGGAUCCAAUAAAUAAGUUGGUAAAGUGCUUUCAUAGAUAAAAAUUAAUAGUUGUGGGAGGGAAUACAAUUUUAAAAGUGUAUAUAGACACAGGGGUUCCGUUUUCUCCUGAGGACGUUUGUUGAAACGUUAAGGACGUUAACGUUGACGGACACGAAGUAUCCAUAAAACGUCUUUUUACGGACGGAGUGAUAAAAAAGCUUCCCCCUCUCGAGGGACCGCCAAUCAGAUAUCAGAGAGCCAACCAAUGGCGGGUGCCGACCACUGGUCUCAAUGAGAGCCCAGUGAUCUCAUUGGAGACCCCACGAACCACUAUAAGUGCGGAGACCACUUUGUAGCUCCCACAUCUACCCUGCGAUGGCAAAUCCACGUGACUCUCAAUUUAUGAGUGAGGAGUUCAGUGAGGUUAAUCUGAUGGGGAGAGGGAAAUAAGUCCUACCAGGAAGAAAUAACGAAACAUUCACCCGGUACAUUCAUAUUCAUGGGGAUAAUGCAACAUCUAAUGACAUGGGAAAAAGGAUGUUGUCACUCCACUAUUCAAAUAUAUUCAAAGUCAAUGAAUUAUUCAUAUGAUUGAUCGGAAAUCGAUGGUAUUUUUUUCAUCUGAAAACAACCGGAGAAAUUUUACAAAUGAAAUCCCACGAGAAGUGGAUUAAAUGUUAAUUUUUUUCCUGGAAAAAAAAAUUUACUCUACUUCUCAUUAACCAGCAGACUGUACAUCUCCAUAAUUAGUAUUUUUUCAUUGUAAAUUUUCCCCCUGACUUUCUGAUGAAACAACUUCCAUCCAACUCCCACGUGGAAAUUCACGUGAUAAUCCAGCUUAUUUAAUCCCACAUCUCGGGCCAUAAAAAUUCAUCAUCUCAUUAUCCCUCCCCAAGAAUUUACCCACGAAUUUCAUUCUGCCACGAUUUUAGUGGAGCGUCUAAUCUCGUAAUAAACAAUGUAUAGUGAUUAUCAGGAUGUGUAACAAUUGUGUAAAAAAAAAUUGAGAUGGUGGCUCUGAACGUUCAAUGAUAAUUAGGUUACGCGUGAUGGGGAGUGAAUGCAAUAGGGGAGUGGUGAAAUGAGAUAAGAAACACUUUGGGGAAGAGGAAGCAUCUCCGAAGACAGAAGAUGCCACCGGAGGCGUCCGAAUACCCCUUCAUAAACAGUUAUUAACGGAUUCCAGGAGAAGCUACGAAACUUGACGGUGUGACGGAAGUCAACGGUCACAAAAUGCCAAGGGGUGGCGAAAAUACUUCGUUGAGGAUAGGUUACAUAUUCAAAAUGAGAAAUUGGGAUUCCCCGGAAUAUUUCGGAGUGGAAUGAAGAUGAGAGCAUUUUCAUGCAGAACUUUUCUUGUAGCUUUCGUUUAGUUAUUUCAGCAAUUCUUAUGGCAAUUGUUCUACAGGGAGCUUUAAUUAAUUCCUGUCGUUUUUUCAAAUUAUUCCGGAUGUCUCUUCUUCUUUAAUGAAAAUUUUAAUUUCAAGAAUUUUGAGAGAUUCGUUAGCGUGCAAAUACCCCAUAUGAUUUUUAAAAAUGAAAAAAUUAUUUUCGUUGAUUCAAUCCAGCGACUGAAAAAUAAUUUGCGGGCUCAAUGUCUUCUUUAGACGUAAAUAUCUGAAUCGAUGUCUGAAUAAUAGACAGGCGUAAUGCGGUGUACCAUUGAGGUAUCGAUAAAUCAAUAAAUAUGGUGACCGGAAUCACCAAUUCGUGCUGAUGUACCUCGUUUCAUCACAUCUCUAUCGAGUGAGUCUCGGUGAUUAUGCGUGUGUGAGAGAUGAUUCAAUUGUCCUAUUGAUUUCCACCGGUGUACAUAGAUAUAAGUAAUCAAAGAAUUGAAUAAAUCGUAAAUUCUAUGGAGAACAAAAACUCGAAGAACUUUCGCUCCGCGCAACAAGGGUGAAACACGAUGCUUUGUACAGUUAUACGAUAAAUCUAGACAGUUGUUGAACUUCGUGAAGAAGUGGAGAAAAAUAGGAGAUUCUGUUACGAUUGAAUUACCACUGUUGCGCAGGGGCUAUUUAUCGAGUUUUUCUGGGAAAUUAUUGAAGGGAGAGUGCAGUGAAAUUUGGAAUUUCCAGGGGCCAGUCCCCCAACAUCUGAAAGAAAAGGAGAAAUUAUUUCCACAAUCUUUUUUGAACAAUUAAGUGCAAUAAAAAGUUCAUAAAAACAUUUCUGUACGUCACACUCUGUCAACAGAAAAAUUUUAUUAUUGACUCUUUUGUAUUUUUAAGAAUAAAAAAAUAGGUCAUGUGUGUCUUUAAUUUUUCAUCAUAAUUUUCCAAAUUUCACCGUGUUCUCCCUUUGAACUGAGAAAGUGAUCCGAGAGCGAUGAGAGAAAGUUGGAGAGAGAAGCAUACAUAUACAAAUCGAGAUUUGUGAGUAUUGAUUUCGACGUGUUGUUUAUUUUUGAGGUGUUAUACUUGAAUUUUUCAAUGUACGGAAUUGUAUAUAUGGUCUUUGUUGAUAAUUGAAUUAAAAUUUUAAUAAUGGAGCUCGGGAAUUGAAUGUAAAUGUCAAACGAUUGACAGAAUCUUCGAAAUCAUCGUGGGACGAUUCGAGCAUGGCGAGGGAAAUGGAAUUUUCAUUCAAUUAAAACAGCCUGAAAUAAUUUAAACAAUUUUUGUCAUCAUUCUUAUCAGUAUAUUUCCCUGUAAAACUAUUCGUGCUCAAUUAUCAAUUGUGCUUUUGUUCCGAGUAAGUUCAGCAAUGAAAUGAAAUUAGAAAAGCUCAUGGAGCAAAAAAUGGAGCGCCUCGAUUGUGGAGAGAAAAUUCGUUUGUAUUUUCAGCACUACGUGCCAAUGCUCAAUGCAAAGAGAGGAAUUAAAUGCCCUGAACAAAUGCAAAUACUAUUCUUACGUAUACCCUGUUCAUCGCCCACACGAGACUUGCAUUAAUGCACUCGACACUGCCAAUGAAAUUUCAAUGAAUGAAAAAGAAUUGAAGGAAAAAACGUAGAUUCAGAAGAUAAAUCGAGGCGACAUUGCACUUCAAUAUUUUUUGUCAUUCAAUUGCAAUGGGAAGGGGAUGAAUUCAUUGGGCUUAG